AUGGAUAACGACGAAAACAAAAAUAAUAAUAAUAAAACCAGCGGCAAACGCUCUUUAGAUUUUAAUAAUUUAAAACGCCCAAAACCUACUACUAGAUCUAGUACUAGGUAUACUAGAUCUACUAGAUCGUCAACGAAUACCGAAGCCAAUCAUCAAACAAUUUCAGACGCUUCACAAAUAGAGACUCCAAAAAAGACGAAAAUUGCAAGGUUAGAUUUGUUUUGUGAUAGAGAUAUUGAUGAGAUUAUUAUCGGUACCAAUAAAACUACCAAAGGAUCUUCUCAAGCAAUAAAUGAAUCAUCAACAAUAUCCUCUUAUAUCCCUUCGGUGGUAAUUUCUCCUCCUUCCUUCUCUCCUCCUUCCUCUAUUAAAACAACGAUAUCUGAUAAAGCAGUAUCUGGUGGUAAAGCAGCGUCUGAUAAAGCAGCAUCUGGUGGUAAAGCAGCGUCUGGUAAAGCAGCAUCUGGUGGUAAAGCAGCGUCUGGUAAAGCAGCAUCUGGUGGUAAAGCAGCAUCCGGUUCUAGUAAAUCAUCAUCAUCCAGCGUUAAGGCAGUGAUUAGUAAAGAAUCGCCAUCAGAUAAUAAUGCGACAACAUCAUCAUCUAAAGUAACGGAUCAAGCAGUUAGUUCUGGUAAAUUUGCCAAAUUAAUACAAAUUAAUCAAAAAACAGCAUCAAAACUCAACACGAUUAUUAAUAAUAAAAAAAGAUUUAAAGCUAUGUUAAAAGAAAAAAAAAACCAGAUUUCAAAUAUAAUGUCAGUAUUAGAUUCUAAUCGCAACGUUGAAACUGAAGUCAAGGUUAAAAAAAAGGGUAAAACGAAAAAGAAAGACAAAAACUCAGAUGAAUUUUAUAACGAUGCGAUUAAAGAUCUUUAUUAUGAAUUAUUUAAUGAACAUAGACGAUUGUCCAGAAAAGGAGUUUCGUUCGAUUAUUUGUGGGAUGAUAGAAUGCAUUCACAAUUACUUGCUGCAAAUCGCGUUAAAAAAGAUAAUUUCAGCAAACAACAGAUGCGAACAUGGAAAGCAAGUAAAAACGUUCAACAGGUCCAUGAAGAUUUAUACAAACCGAGCGACUCAAAUGAUCCGUCAUCUGAUACUUAUAUUUCGUUAAUAAUUAAAUCGGUUUUUGCAUCUGAUAAAGAGCGUACAAAUGAAAACGCCAUUUGGAUUCAGUUGGUAUUAGAAGUUAUAUUUGACAAGAAACACCUUUCGUCAAAAAUCGAUGCAAACAUUGUCGAUUCAUGGACCGGAAAUAUAACAGAUACAGACGUGGAUUCUGAAGAAUGUGAAUGUGAGUCUUCGCCCAAAACACCUAUAACACCUAUUGACGAUGAUGAUGAAAUCAUUGGAGUUAAUAAUCGUGUUGAUGAUGUUUAUGAUGAGCAUACGACGGACGAUAAUCAAGCAGCUGAUUUAGAAGUUGCUGAUUUAGAAGAAGAGCAAUAA